AAGAAGAUAUUCAAGAAAGCAAGAGUACUCGAGAGAAACUUGUGAAGCAAUUAAGUGAUAUAGAACUUCUUAAGGAGCUGGGUAUGAUAGAAGAAGCAGAAACAAGAAGGAUGACAAAGCAUAUUAAAGGGUUAACUAUACUAGCUAAUUCAGAAAGCCAUGCUCCAGAAAUAUGUUAUAAGGGAGUUUACCCCUAUAAGUAUAUUGAUUCUCAUGAUAGAUUCUUAGAAACAGAACUUCCUCCUAUUCAUGAAUUUUAUGAUCAACUUAGUGGAAAAAUUACCCAAGAAGAUUAUCUUCACGCUCAGAAAAUGUGGAAGAAAUUUGGAUGCAAGAAUUUAGAACGCUAUGUUAAAAAUGACCAGG